GACUUUCGCUUCUCGUUCUGUUUGCUCCGCGAUGCAAAGUGACAGUUCUCAUCAGCUGUCGUCAUCUAUCAUCAGCUGUCAUUUUUGCUUCGCUUCGAUUUUUAGCGCAAAAAAAAUCAUAAACCAUAAAAAUGUGCGAACAAGUGUAAAGUAAUAUGUACCUUCCAGGCGUAUCAGUAGGAAUUGGAAGAAAAAUGAUUUUACAUUUCUUUAUAUUUUUUGCAUUCAUGACAGAUCAGAAAUCUCGACGCUAUUGAAAAUUAAUAAAAUUCGCUGAUCAAUAUGUAAAUUAAGUAAUGGCACCUGCAAAAGACAAGUGGAUUAGACGUUUUAUAAUCACUGAAACCAGACGGCACAAGAAGGGCUUCACAAUUUACAAAAUUACUUCCAUGAUAUUUCUGAAAUCCUCUCACGAAGAGGUGUCAAAGGUGUCCGUAUGGAAACGCUACAACGACCUGAAGAAGCUCCACUCGGAGCUCAGCAGUUUGCACAAGCGUCUGGGAAUAAAAGAGGCCUUUCCCACCUUCCCCAAGUCCAGGUACUUUGGCAGAUUCGAGGCCGAAGUCGUGGAGGAGAGGAAGAAGUACGCCCUAAAGUUUUUGGAAUUUGUAGGACGACACUCGUACUUAUACACAAGCGAUACCUUCAUCACGUUCUUUGAAACUAGUCACGCGGACAAUUACGUCAGCUAUUGCGCACAUUCCCUGUGCUCCGACACUUCGGAGGACGAUCUCAUCGCUCCCUUGAGCGAUUCGGCAUUUGCGAACGAUGCCGCGGCACAAAAUCAUCUCCAAGCCAUAUCAAAAGCAUCUCGCAACGCCUCGACAAAUCCAUGCUCCACAUUGCCAAAUAAUAUUUAUGCGAACGAGAAGGAAUUCGCAGCUUCCCAGAGGAAGAAUGAAUCUCGUAGCGUCACCAAUUUGCAGAAUGUAAAUGUUAAAAGGGAGGAGCAGAGUUGUAGAACUGAAAAAUCGCCAGCUACCAUCGCAAGAAGCUGCGAUGCGGAUAUCAGGAAUCAAAACUUUGAGGAAAAUGUGACAACCCUAGGCGACGUAUCAGGCUUCGAUAAUGUCAAUAAUAAUAUCAAGGAUCUUUCGAAUUGCAAUGCUCGUCCUGCGUGCUCGAUAUUGCAGGAGAGAGGGAAUGUCUCGUGUCAGAAGGAGGCAGACUUUACGCAGUAUCUCCUGAUAGCUGCCGCUCACAUGAGCGCAGCCUUCAAGCAUGAAUCUAUAGCCGAGUACGAGGAAGCUUUCACGCAGUACAAACUGGGAAUAUCGUGUCUCAUAAAUGGCGUGCAGUUUGAUCCGGACAGUACAAGAAUACCGAGUAUAAAGGAUAAGAUAGCGAAGUAUCUGGCACGAGCUGAGCAAUUAUAUAACAGACACUUGAAUUGUAAUAUCUCGAUAGUAAGCAAACCGGUAUCAGAGCUUCAAUAUUAUAAAGUACUUAAAGUAAUCAAGUCGGUGAUGCUGGUGAAGGAUAUUCGUGCGAAUUGUAACAGGAUAAUAAAAACCGUAGAAAGAUCUUCUAUUCACGAGGAUAAUAUUAGUAAUUAUGUGUUACGUGGACAGGUACCAUACAUGGUACAUUUAUACGCUUGUGUGGAAACUGAGACAACUAUAUUUCUGGUUCUCCAAUACGCAAGUUGUGGAAAACUGUGGGAUUUUAUAAGACUGCAUUACGAAGUAUCUGACAAUUUGCAUACCGAUGUCAUUUCAAAUCACAUGUGUACAAAUGAACAUAUUAAUCAGGAUCUCGAUAGCAAUGAAAAUAUACACGAAUCGAAUAAAACGGAAGAAGUUGUAGAAAAUAAUAAACAGAAGGAUCCUCAAUACUCUGAAGAUGUCUUAAAUGCAGAGUUGGUUAUUACCCAACCCUGCUUAAAUGAGAUCUACAUGGAGGUGCCCACUGUACAAUUGUUGGAAAAGUCGCAAAAGUUGUUACAGUCCGUCAACGCGACCUUGAAAAGAAGCAAUUCCAUCGCAGAUCGGUUAAAUGAAUCCAAGGGAUUGAGACAUUCGAAAGAUACACCUUCAACGAACACUCGAGUAUCUCAAGAAUCAUCGGAUCCUGCGUUACCUGAUAUUUAUUGCAAUAAGUCCAAAAAUAAUAUCAAGAUAGACGACAUUACUGUCGUUGAGAAUCUCUCCAUGAAGAGUUGUGCAAAGGACAAAGCUUCGAAAGGCGUUAAUUCUUCAUCGACGAGCAAUAACCAGAGUCUGAAUAUAUCUGGGAAUAUUCAUGAGACUGUAUCAAACGAAAAUUGCACAACUCGUAAUUCACUCGCAAAUAAAGUCCAUGAUUCAGCCUACAACAGCUCUACUUUGAAGACUGUUUCAAUGCAAAAUGUCUCGCCCGAUAAUAUAAUGUACGCCUGCAAGAAUAAUAAUAUUACAGCUCCCAUCGAUCGCACAAAUUCGAACGUAAACUCUAAUAUUGACGAGAUACAAUACUCGCAUUCGUGUAAAGAAAAUAUCAUGGACGAAGAAAGGAUACUUUGGCAAAUUCCUGAGGCUGUAAUUCGAUCGUGGGCGGCUGAAAUACUUGUAGCACUCGAGGCGCUUCAUCAACAGAAGGUCCUGAUCCUCGAUUUCAAGCCUGAUAAUAUUCUUCUCGACGCGGGACACGCGCGGCUCACUUAUAUUGUACCGCAACGCAAUGUGGAACUGUCCAGGCUGACUUAUCCAUACUCGUCGCCCGAAUGCACGAUGUAUUCGCCGACUAUUCUCGUAACAUCCGCUACAGACAUUUGGAGUUUUGGGGUUGUUCUGUACGAACUGCUUACUGGCGUUAUGUUUAUCGUUAAACAUCCGGGAUUGUUUCAUUCACAUUCCACAGUCAACAUUCCUGGCAGGCUAUCAGAAAAUGCAAGAUCCUUGUUGUAUGGCAUAUUGAAAUAUCAUCCAGAUGAACGACUGACAAUAGAUGAAAUAAAGCGUCAUCCAUUUUUCAUGGGGAUUGACUGGUUCAGUGUGGAGAAUUCUCAAACCUAAGGCUUAUAUAUCAUUAGACAAUUAAUAAAUUUCGCAUAAUUGUUAAUAAAAUGUUGAAUAUGUAUUUAUUAUUAUAGAGGAGAUAUAAAUUUUGAUUUAUGUA